AUGCACCGCGAUAUCGAGGAGCUCCGCACCCAGUCCCCGCGCCCCGAGACGCCAGAGCCGGGCUCGCGGCAGGGCAGGCGGAACCCGCCUGAAGCAGGGGUGCAAUUGCUCGACGACGACAGCGCCAUAUCUAUAGCGCUAGAGUCCUGCCUGAAGCACGUCUUCGCGAAGUACUGCACGCCGCGGCCGGUCCCCGCGCAACAAAGGGGGGAGCUGCUCGAGCCGCCGGAGGGCGCGUACUUGACGAACGAGGGUCUGGACGCGUGGGCGCGCGACACGAACGGCGCACCGUUCGAUGAGGCGACGAAGGAGGAGAUUCUGGAAUUUAUGGACGUGACCGAGGACGGCGGCUUGACGUUCAAGGGCUUCAUGCAAGUUUACCAGCUACAGACCGAGAACGAUGAAGAAGAGACCUGGAGAGAUCUUGCCGCACACGGAUUUGAUCGAACGCUACGGCUAGUAGCUACAAGACGAGAAGAUUCAGAUAUCGAUCCGCGACUAGCUACGCAAGCCUCGUGA